GUUUACUGUCGACCAACGAUAAUCUACUCUUCUCGAACGACUUUGACUACUUUUCCAGCUUCACCGACAGCAUGGGCUUGAAUGCAGGACUCGACUUUUUAUACGACCCAACAUUCAACUUACAUGACCUAUCGUUCUCAGGAAACGGAUUGCAUAAUUCGACCGGAUUAGCUCAAGCACCCGUGCAGACUAUCGAUGCUGCAUUAGUCCUAUCAGCACCCACUCGGAUUAGGCCUAUGGAAGAUGAUUUUGAAGAGUUGGGACCUGUUCAUUGUCCUUGGAAGAUCCUAGAAAUCACACGGACCCAGAUCAUCACCGCAUUGCUCCCUUUCCAAAGCCGGCUGGCAGAAUUCAUUAUGCCCUCGAGACUUGUCCUUGGCCGUUUUAUCACGCCAUUCUUCCAAGACUUUCAGGACCAUCUACCCAUCAUCCAUCCUGUGACGUUUAGACCUUCGAAAUUUCACAAUCAUCCAGGACUAUUUUUGGCGAUGGCCGCGAUCGGAGCAGUAUAUAGAUACGAGAUCCGGACUGCCAUGAAGCUGUUUCGAGCUGGCAAGCAAGUCGUUUUGGCGACCUGGCAAGACGAAGAUGGUGGAGACGAGCAUAGCUGCUUGGAUAACGCUAUUGUCCGUCUACGCACUGUACAAGCGGCUCUGUUGCUUGACAUAUUUGCCGUCUGCCAAUGUGCUGAUCUGGCAGCGAAGGAUACAUUGACACUGCGAAGUUUGCUCGCAAGUCAUCUACGAAACAGUAACACUCUCUGGGAAUCCUCGGACAAGAAUGGCUGUAAGGAUUGGCAUGAGUGGAUGAUGCACGAGAGUUAUCGCAGGACACAACUCGGUAUCUUCUUCGUGCUCAAUCUCCACACUGUAUUUUUGGACGCCCCACCAGUCGCAUUAAGCAGCCAGCUUGACGUCGACUUGCCGUGUUCAACGGCGGAGUGGACAGCGCCUUCUGAGAAUGUGUGGAAAGAUGCCAGAUCUCGCUCUGUCAACGCUGUCAGCUUUCAAAAUGCCCUAUCAGCACUGUUCUCGAACACUCCGGCAGACAGACAUCUGAGCUACUCACCAUUCGCGAACCUUGCACUCGUACAAGCUCUGGGACAACGUAUAUACUUAGCGCGGCAGUUACAUACAAACCGUCAUAACACACUUCGUGAUGCUGAUAUGGACGAGAUAGAGGGAUUUUACUUGAUUCUACGACAGAUACUGAUUGUCGAAGACNUAGCGCUCAAGCAGUGGACUACCAUCUGGAGACAGGCCCCUGAAUCUGUACUCGACCCACUGAACCCCGACGGCUCCAACUCUCUUACUUCUACCGCACUUCUAGGACUCGCACGCAUCCGUCUGUAUUCGAACUAUAGCUCUUCUAUGCAGUUGGACAGUUGGAACCCGCGGAAAGUAGCAAGAAGUCUCUUCGAAGUGGCACCGCCAUCUCGCACUGACAACAUGACUCUAGCAUUGUUGCAUUCGGCUCACGCCCUUAACUUCCUAGUCAAGUUUGGCAUCAAAUACAUCGGCCGUAUCAUGUUUGGACGUUGGGACAACCAAAACUUGCUAUACUACCUCGAGGCUGCUGUCUUCUUGACCAAGUGGCUCAACAAGCUUGCCGAAACUCACCAUANNUCAAUCAAGCCACGGGUCGAGCUCAAGAUUGUCGGAAUAGUCAUACGCAUCAUAGAAGAAGUGGCAGCAACUCUUGAACCUCACGAGAGCCUGGGACAUAUCCAUAUGCUGAGUGAUCUGGAUCGUGGCAAUAUUUCUACAAUGUUGCACAGUCUCAGUAGGCAAAUUGCUCGUUCUUGGGUAAUCGUUUUCAGCAAUAGCGGGUCGCCAUGGGCUAUUGUCGGAUAUGUGGGCAAAGUUCUUGAUCAAUAUGCUGGUAUGCUGGAAGAAAACUCGCCAUACUCGGGA